AAGAAAAUGGCGGCCGUGGCUGCAGAGCCAGGAGCUGCGGCGAUUUCGACAGGUUCGACGGCGGCAAUGGACGACGAAGGCCCACCAGAACCGGGCCCGGGACUUCCAGUAGUCCCGCUGCAGUCUGAGGGGCCUCGGGAGUCCGGCCCGGCUGUGGAGCUGCUGGUUGUCCGUGUGGAGGAUGGAGGGGAUGGGGAGGAGCGCCGCCAUGUAAGGCCGGAGCUCGAGCCCGCGGCGGGAAAAGCUCUGUGUGAAGACGUCGUGACGGACGAACUGAUCAACAACCUCCCGAGAGACCGGGUAAGCCUGGACCGGGUCAGCCUGGACCUGGUCAGCCUGGACCGGUUCGCUCCCGGACUACCGGGGGAUCCUGAGCGCAGCGGGAAUGUGUCUGUCCAGGCGGUGUACCGCAGCAUCCUCCCGGACCCGCAGCCCUCCGCCGUCUUCCUGCACUCCUUCCCGGCUCCGCCACCCGGCGCCGAGGCCGGACUGUCUCUGGCCGAACCCGCGGUACCGACCACCAACGUGACGACGGACCGGGCCGAGGCGGCGGGACGAGACCGGGGAUACACGGUCCUUGUCCAAACGGAGCUGAGGCCGGGGCCCGCGGAGGACGCCCUGUUGGAUGGUAACGCAGACCGGCUGUCGGGCCCAGUCAACCCAGACGGGCUGGACCCGGAGACCGGGUUCAUUAAAAACACUGCAGGGAACGAGGAACCGCCGGGAUGCGGCCUGCAGGACUCGUCCACCCCCUGUCGGUCCCCCAAGAGACGCCUGCUGACGGACAAGCAGGAGGACACCUCCCGCCUCCUGCCCGAACCCGGUCCACUCGCCUCGUUCCAGGACCUGAGUCCCGGCUCCGAGGUCCGGGUCUGCCUGGACCACGUCAUCGAUGACGCGCUGGUGGUGUCCUUCCGGCGGGGGGAGAAGGUCUUUUCCGGGGUGUUGAUGGACGUGUCCAGAAGGUUUGGACCGUACGGAAUCCCCAUCACGGUGUUUCCAAAACGAGACGAUAACAGUCGACUUCAAACAUUUCUUCAGUCAAGACCUGUUACCAAUGACGAGACGUCCACCAAACAGGAACAAGCCACCAUUAGCCCCCCAGCCCCCCCACCCCAUCACCCAUGGACUGCCAAACCACCACCGUUGUUCCACGAGGGGGCCCCCUACCCUCCUCCUCUGUUCAUCAGGGACACCUAUAACCAGGCCUUACCUCAGCCACUGCCACGAAAGAUCAAACGGCCAAAGCGGCGCUAUCGCUGCGAGGAGCCAACCUCCAUCAUGAACGCCAUCAAGCUCCGCCCCCGCCAAGUGCUCUGUGACAAGUGCAAAGGCGUGGUGGCAUCAGGUGGGAACAGGGAAGCACGACGGGGCCUAGUCGAUCUGAGGGGUGAGGAGGCGUCUCGGCGGCGGAGGGCAGCUGAGGGACCAAUCUCCUCGGAGGUCAAGAGGCUAAGGAGUGACGACAAAGGUGGACGAAUGGCCACAGACAGACGGGCAUCAUCAGGGAUCUGUAGGUCAUCAUCCCCUCGUCGUGUGCUGAGGGGCGUGACAUCAUCUUCGUCCUCGUCAUCCUCAUCCGGCCCCCUCCGUUUGAAGCUGAACUCUAAGAAGGCGCUGGCCAAAGAUUCUGCCAGCGAUCGCUCCAAAGCGCGGCAGGUUCUUCAGAAGCUGGCGAGAAGCUCCCAGCCUCCACCACUUCGCGAGCCCAAAGACCAGAGUCAGAUCCAGGAUCGCACCAAGGCUGUGACCCGAGCUGCAGCCCUGCAGAACCACAACCAGAAGGUCCACUUCACCCGCCGCCUGCAGCACCUCAGCGGAACCGCUGUCAGCACCUCCCGCACCCCGCUGCCGCCCAGAAUGCGACUCAAACCUCAAAGGUAUCGUACAGAUGAUAACCAGGGUCCCCCCCCUCCCCCGCCCAAACAGGGCACUCGCUCAUCGCCUCUUAAACCCGAUUUAGACCCCACCCCCACAUCGGACCUGGUCCCGCCUACUGCUCUGCCAUUUCUUUCUCAAGCGUCCCCCUCCUCCACCUGUGCAGUCAGUGUUGUCGUGGAGACACAUGAAGUCUGUACAGAUCAGGGAGGAGGAAGGGGGGGAGGUGAGGGUCCUCCCCCACCCCCCCCCUCCUCCUCCUCUUUUUCGGACUCAUCCCACUCAGAGUGCGGCUCCUCUGAGACCUUUGAGCCCGCGCCCACUGGAGACCCACCCUCCCUCCUCUCUCCUGCCCCCUCUCCUGCCUCGUUAGCUCCUCUUUACCCCCCGUCUUCCUCACCCAUCAUCCCUCCCCUUAGAUCCGACAGCGAGGAGCCACAGGUUGGUGGCGGCGAGGAGGACGAGGAGGGAGGUGAACUGAAGAGGCGUCGUAAGUCUUCCACAUCCUCGUCCUCGUCCUCAUCUUCGUCGUCUUCCACCGUGUUCUCUAAAUCUGUGUCCAAGUGUCCUCUCCCAGACGGUCGGACCGUGUGCGUAGGUGACAUCGUCUGGGCAAAGAUCUACGGUUUCCCUUGGUGGCCGGCUCGAGUGCUCGGCAUCACGGUCGUGCGGCGUGGUGACACAGGACUGGCGGUGCGGCAGGAGGCCCGAGUUUCCUGGUUCGGCUCCCCCACCACCUCCUUCCUGCCACUUGCCCAGUUGUCCCCCUUCCUGGAGACCUUCCAGUCUCGCUUCGAUAGAAAGAGGAAGGGGCCGUACCGUCGUGCCAUUGCAGAGGCAGCUAGUGCAGCCAAACAGCUAACGCCUGAAGUCCGAGCCCUGCUUACGCAGUUCGAGACGUAGCAUCCGAUAAAACAACCCCCAACCCCCCACGCUUCUAACCCCUAUUAUUGCCCCACCCUCUUCAGGUAGUGGGAGAAGCCUGGAUUGAUUCUUGACGAACUGACGUGUUUGUUUGUGCGUAAGGGGCGGAGCCUGAGGCUAACUAGUUAGCAGAGGUGGUGGAGCCUGAGGGUAACCAGUCAGUGUUAGGUGAUCAGGGGGUGGGACUUAUCCAUCAGGUGUUAGCAUUUCCACUCGCCAUCUCGUCAGCGUCAUCUUUUUCUAGUUCAUGAAAGAGACUGUUUGCCAAAUUACUCAUUAGUGAUGUCAAAGUGAUAGUUAUGAUGUCACAUUCGUCAUGAAUCACUAAAGAGAAUCACAAAAUACUCAUUAACAACUAAAUAAGGUUCAUUUAGUUACUAAGCCAAACAUGGCUGUAUCUAGACACUGGUGGAUUGAUUGAAAUAUUGAUUAGAUUAUGUGAUACCUGGACUUUAUCAGUUCAGUGAUGGCGACUCGAAACGCUGACAUACCUAUGUCACUUCCUGUUCCUCCUGGCUCCUGAACAUUCUGUCCCAACUGAAAACUUCUUGAAGAAGAAUUUGAAACAGUGUUGUUCAAACUGAUACCCCAGUUCCCAAACAGGGUUCAACGACAUCAUCUGUUCUGUGAUUGGUUCAUAUUAUCAUCUCCCACAAUCCAACAGGAGCUGUACUAGGUCCCUGUUGUCCUUUGUCAGACAUUGUCACUGUAGUCCUGUCUUGCACCUAGGGAUGUCGGGAUUAACCAAUUUUAUGAUGACAGCGGUUUCAAAGCUGUAAACUACGAUAACUAUGGUGUCCUGCCUCUCGUGAGUUAGGUGAUUGAUGUGUGCGCCGUGCGGUGAAAUCGUUUGCGAGUCACGUUUUGUGUGUGCGAGCCACUGAAACGUUAACUGAGAAGAGGGAACUGAUGUAACAGCGUGGGCAAUAAACUCUAUCCAUACACACCUCUCUCUCUCCCUCCCUCUUACCCUCUUUAUACAUGUAGCCGAGUGUAAUUCACCUAUACUGAGGUAAAGGUAUGAUAAGGACAUGACGAAUGUGCUUGAACCAGGACAAUAUGCUUUUUCACAACUAGCCAACACUUUGCUCCCAAAAGUAGUACAACCUCGGACGUUGACACUUAACAACAAAAGUCCCAAACAGAUACACUGCUUACGAAGACAGGAAACACAAAUUCACUGACCAGCCUUCCACAGUAAGGCAACUAAAUAAAAUAGCUUACAUAAAUUACUUUUAAAUAGCCAAACGUUACGCGAUAAAAACUGUAGAUAGUAAAUAUUUUAGAUCAUUAGCUAUAUAUUGCUUGUUGUGUGUCUUUUUCCUUCUAUAGUAUCGAUAAUCGUGAAAACUGUGAAACCGUGAUAUUUCCUCUGACAAUAAUUGUGGCACUAAAAUUUCCUAUCGUGACAUCCCUAGUUGCACCAGGUCCCUGUAGUCAGGAUUAACCCGACUUUUAGGAGAAUCUUUGAUCAGUUCCGGGUCGUUUGUUUAGAAUUUGAUCAAACUCAUGGAUCAUCAGUUUCCUCCUCAGGAAGUUUCACAAGAAAAGAUUCAGCUGCUGAUGUUUAUUUAAAGACUCUUAUUAUGAAGUUCACAGAUGAGCAGACAGACGAACAGGAAGUACGCUGACUGUUAGAAUGAUGAUGGUGAAGGUGAUUUCCCCUCAGACUCGUUUUACCGUCUGUUUGCAGAUCAGAGAUUCUGAACAAUGAAACCGAUCAAAAGAAACUGUACAUGUUUAUUUCUGUUGUUUUAAAUCUAUUAAUAAACUGUCAAACUUCUCUUUGCAUCGUCUUCGUCAUUUAAACUCUUCUUCUCUGGUGCUUUGACUGUAGGAGUAACAGCGGUGCCUUGCUCAGCAGCAUGCUGGCAGCAGAUUUUCUCACCUGCAAACAGUUUGGUAAAAAUUUGUCCAAAGGGUUUACCACAAACAUCAGCAACAAAAUAAUAAUAUCUGACGAUCAAUAUCAACCGAGCGUGUUCAGGAACUUUUAACAAUUCAGAUAAAAACAUUUCUUUUUAAAUUUCAACUUGUGGCUAAUUGGAGGGAAAGUGGAUAUACUGGAUGGAAUAAAGUAGUGAGGGAUAACUAGUUAAUAUGAAGUGACACAUUUCAUUGUGUCCAUGUGUCAGUGAAGUGUCAGGUUAGUAUGUUCCCAUGGAAACUACAGAUUUCAUAAUUAAAAGCUCAAAGUGAAAGUUUUGCUCAGCUUUGUAUAUUUUUCUGCGUUUGAAGUAAAUCUGCCCCUGGAGGUGAGUCGCUGAACUGCAGGAUGUACUUGUUUGAACUUGUUAAAACCACGUUACGAAUCAUGUGAGCACGUUUUAUUUAAACAUGUUCUGACCUCAUACUUCUCCUAGUGGACAAACAUUUUAUUUCACCACAUUAAUGUAUGUUGGUGUAAAAUUUGAUAUCGUGAUUCUCGGUGAAGAGUUAAAAAAGCAAAACUGAUUAACCUUGAUUAGUUAUUGAUUAUAAAGCAUUUAUAUAUAUAUAAUCACAUUAAAUUAUACAGGGUUCAGUUGAAUGUAGCAGUGUGAUGAUGAUUGAUCAUGUGAUCACCUGCUGAUGACAUCAUCAGUAACACCUGUCUCUCUCUCUCUGCAGUACGACUUUGAAGAGCUGCUGACAGAUAAUCCUGUGCUGUGAUUGGAUGAGAGGAUGUAGGUGGAGUUCAAACAACCGAUGAGCAAUCACAUGGACAUUAAUAAUCAAUAAUUAAUGAUUAAGAGUUUAUAUCUAUCAAGAGCAUAUCCAUGACAACAGGUUUAUAUUGGUGUCAAUUUUAUUUUGCUGUGUACAAUCAGAUCAUUAACGAUUAGUGAUCAAUUAGUUAAAUGAUAAACUGUUUACACUCGGGCCACAAUGGGAGCGUGUGUGUCUGUUGUGCAUUUGUUGUGUUUUCUGUGUGUCUGUUGUGUGUCUGUUGUGCUUCAGCCGAUCUUUAAUUUGUGUGGUGUGGAUUCCGAUUGGUUGACAAUGUUAACCCCGCCCUCACAUGACUUUAAAUAGAAAUGUCAGGUUUCUGUUUUAUUAAAUAAAAUUGUCUCUUGUGGAACAGUUCAGGUGCUAGGUGACUGUCUGAAAUGUUUAUGAUAUAUUUCUUUAUUUAAAUAUGUUUUUAAAACUUUUUAAAUUCAGCCACAAUUUUCUGAAUCAUUAUUAAUGUUUACAUUUUGAAUCUUGUAUUUCUUUAGAGAAAAUACAUUUUUUCAGUCGACAUCAAUUCAGUUUUAUUUUUAUAGCAUCAGAUCAUAAUAAACAUUAUCUCAUGGCUCUUUACAUAGGGUUAAAAACUAUAAAAAAACCAACAGUUCCCAUGACGUCAUUAAUAAACUAUUGAAAUAAAAACCCAAAUUCAACUUUUAGCUUUGACUUCCAACCCUAACUUUAACUCUAGUUAGGGUUGAUCCAAUCCGUCCAUCAAUCAAUCAUUGAGCAGAUCCACUCAUACACACACUUUCUUUUUAUUUAUUUGACCUGGUGCAAAUAUGUGAUGAUAAAACUCUUGUAAUUAAUGUUUAAUUAUUAAAGUGAUAUUGUUACAAACUGCAGAUGAUCAAUGCAAUAAAGAAAUGCUCAUGUUACACA